UUUCUUAACCCUGAUGUUUUUGCUGAGCUGGACGCAACUCUUGCCCUCCCUGAAGGGAACACACAAACCUGCCUGCUGCUGGGAAUGGGACUGGCCCGGCUGAGCUUUGCCUGCUGCCAGCACGAAGCUGGAGCUGCCUCAGGAGCUUACCCUGAGAGCAAGCUCACGGCACCGAAAAGGGAAUCUCUUCUUCCUGUAAGCAGCACCUCCAAAGAGAAUGGGAUUCGUGCAGAGCAAGAUGAUCAGGACUUAUUUGCUGAUGCCACCGUGGAGUUGUCUCUAGACAGCACGCAGAACAACCAGAAGAAGGAACUGGCCAAAGCAUCCAAUCCUGCCCCCUCGUUAGAAGUAGCUGCCAGCUCUUCUAGAAACCCUCCAAAGAGCUAUGAGGAGCUAGAAGAAGAGGAACAGGAGGACAAAUUUGAGCUGACUGUAGGAGUCAGUGACCCGGAGAAAAUUGGGGAUGGUAUGAAUGCCUAUGUAGCCUACAAAGUGUCAACACAGACGAGCAUGCCCAUGUUCAGGAGCAAGCAGUUCUCAGUGAAAAGGAGGUUCAGUGACUUUCUGGGUCUCUAUGAGAAGUUGUCGGAGAAGCAUGCCCAAAAUGGGUUCAUCGUUCCUCCACCGCCUGAGAAGAGUCUCAUAGGGAUGACCAAAGUGAAAGUUGGGAAAGAAGAUUCCUCCUCUGCAGAGUUCUUGGAAAAAAGACGGGCUGCUCUAGAGAGGUACCUACGGAGAGUGGUCAGCCAUCCAACAAUGCUGCAGGACCCUGACGUCAGGGAGUUCUUGGAAAAGGAGGAG